UUUCAGAUAAUAUCCCAUGAAUAAGGAUUGCGGUAUCCCGACACCUUGGAGAGUCUCACGGCGCCGAAAUGACGAGGCCAGGCCCACCCAAUGAAAACUUGCCCACUGUAAAGCUAGUGGUAGUGGGCGAUGGCGGCGUGGGCAAGAGCGCCAUCACUAUCCAGUUCUUCCAGAAGCUGUUUGUGACGGACUAUGAUCCCACCAUCGAGGACUCCUACAUCCAGCACACCGAGGUGGACGGCCAGUGGUGCAUCCUCGAUGUGCUGGACACGGCGGGCCAGGAGGAGUUCAGUGCGAUGCGCGAGCAGUACAUGCGCAAGGGCGACGGCUUCCUGCUCGUGUACUCCGUCACCGACAAGCAGAGCUUCGAGAACAUCCGGCACUUCCACACGCAGAUCCUCCGCGUCAAGGACAGGGAGUCGUACCCGAUGCUGGUGGCGGCGAACAAGGUGGACCUGGUGCACGUGCGCGCCGUGAGCGAGGACGCGGGACGAGAGUUGGCGCGCGCGCUGGCCGCGCCUUACAUCGAGACCAGCGCCAAGGAGCCGCCGCUCAACAUCGACGCUGCCUUCCAUGAGCUCGUCCGCAUAAUCCGCAACCACCCGCAACAAGAGGACAAGCAGCGGCGCCGGCGCAAGUUCGGGAGAUGCGCGCUGCUGUGACACACAAACACACAAAACACGGCAACGACGGCAGGAUGCGGAAAGGUGAAUUAAUUAUCUCAAAAAUAUAUGUCAAUACAUAAGCGUUUGUGUGUGGGAUCAAUAUUGAUCUGUCGACCUAACUUACUUCACACGAACUAUUAUAACCUUAAAUUGAAAUGGUGAAGUAAAACCACUUUUAGCAAAUGCAAAAUAUGUAUUAUGCAAUUGAUUAUUGUGUGGUCUUGUGGAAUCGAUAGAUUGGCCACGUUGUUGUUGUCACCGACUGUAGUGUUCCGUCCAGGGACAUCUUUCUCGGCGUGGACUCUACCAUACAAAUCAACCAUACAUUGAAGUAUAAUUCUAACGACGCUUUGAAUUAAAACGCCGUGUGUGAAAUAAAGAUAGGAAAACUGACACAAGUCAUGAUUUUGAAAAUCAAAAAGUUUGAAGUAAUGAAACUGUCACAGGAGUUUGAUAACUAAAGCUAUGUCUGCCUCGUGGCGGAUUAAGAUUUUUUUACAUAACAUACAUCAGGGCAGAUGGCAGGAUUUAAAGAGUAAUCUUGAUAGGAUUGAUCAACGAUCCGACCAAAAUUAUUACAUAUUCAAAUGCAAAAUGUUGAAUUCCUUAGCUUUCCACCCAAAACUCGUAUUUUCACUUUCGUUGAAACACUAUUUGUUAUUUGAUUGGUGUUAUAUUUAAAUAGUUGUAAGGGCGCUUUCCCACAAUUAUUUUUCCAACAUUAUUGUUAUCGUUUUCUUAACAACUCAAGACAGAAGAACGCGCAAUAUUGGACAAAGAUUGAUAUAGUGAAAUAUCGACAUAAAAUUUGAUUCGAUUCGAUAUUUUUGUCUAUGCAUUUAGUAUGUGGAAGAAAGCUUUAAUUUCAGCUUGACUAUGCAUUUAUUAAUUAACUUAUAUUUGUGUAUACAACCAAAGAUGUUGCGCACAAUUUGCACAGUUGAUGAUUAUAUAUAUUUUAUUCCCCGAGCGAUGAGAUUGCUUGGUUGUUCAGUAUUACAAUAAGGAUUGUUUUAUUACAAUGCAUAGCAUUUGUUAGUCGUAGGACAAAGUAGAGUAAGCACUGAGUAUAACCGUGUAACCGAAUUUAAUGUUAUGUGAUAAGUAUACAGUUCACACGGGCUCGGUAACCGAGCGCGUAGUAAUCGUGCAUGUGGUAUUUGAUUAGUGUGGACAUUGUAGUAGUUUCAUUUCUUUUUGACUUGAUUAUGGGACAUAAACUACGUAAUUUUUCCAUAACAUGAGCAUUUCCUUGACAAAUAGUGACUAACUUAGUGGUAAAAAAAUAUUGCUAAUUAAAUUUUCCGUGCCACUAAAGUCCUUAAUUUUCGUGACUGGUCGAGUGUAUAGAAUUAUUAGAACUGAAUUAGUGUUACUAAGCGUUUAGUUACUGGUCUCGUGUGAAUUAGGCAUUAGUUAGAGCCUAAUAAUAAACCCCGGCACGCCCGCGGGCGAAUGCGUAAUGUUUUGUAUCGAAAGUGUUGCGCAUACAGCACUCGUCGUUUAUGAACCAAAUACUCAUUAUACAAUUAUACACUUACAUAUUUUACUUUAAACUUAGUGGACAUAAUUAUAUUCGUAUAUUUAUUUUUAAGUUAAACAUUAUAUUCGAUUGAAACUAGUGGUCAGGUGCAUUUCAUAAUAUUGUAUAUUACCAAAGUCUGUUUCUCAGCCAUACGGAAAACCAAAUAAUGAUUUUUUAUAUGUCUGUACUUUAUAUGAAAAUUAUUGAUGUAACUUAGAGCGAAGUAAUAGUUGGAAGUGUGCAGAAAAGUAGGUCAGGGGCCUCUGAACUCCGACACCGUAUGUCUGAGGAUCCUAUUGGGAAAGUGCUCAGGUGAGACAAAGAACAAAGCUGUUAUUCAUUAACAGAGACCACAGAACUCGUGACAGUCGGAUUUUCCUCCAGGUUUAGGAACAGACUUUAUGUGAUGUAAAGUUAAAAAGCAAAGCUAAUAAAUAGCAAUGCUGAGUUUCACUGAAACGACUUGUUAACCACUAGAAGAGCUUCGGCAUUUGUGUUAACAUUAAAGAGCGUGAUGACGCCAUCUUGUGACGGCGGGAACUAUCGGGAACUCGGAACGAAAUACUAAGCAAUUUAUAAAAUAUGGCCAAUAUGAUCAUCGUACUUCUACUAUACCUUUAUUAAAAUGAUCUUCCCACAUAAUUUGAAGUUCAGUUUAAUCUGCCUAUAUAUGGUUGGUGCCCGGGCCUACGUUUGACCUCGGGUCAUAUAUAGCUAUAUGUCACGCCUAUUUACCACACGAGUGUACAAUACUAUGUCCCAAUAGUUCUAGCCACAAGCGCAUAUUUGUAUGUAGACUAAGUAGCUGUUACAUACGAAUUAACGAGAAAAGGAAUUGAUCUUGUGACCUAAGUAUAGGUAAGUUCCACUAGGUAAGGCAUAUAUAUUGUACGAAUCAUUUGUAGACAUUACAGUACACUUGGCAAAUGUGGGCAAGGGUUCGAAAUUGGCCUGACUUGCUUCGAGAAAAGGAUGGUACGGCCGUGGCUUUUUUUUGCUCGACUAGCGGGGGCACUGUCGUGCCCCCAGAUUUCAAUGGCAAGAGAACCGGAUUUUGCAUAAUAUUUUGAAUGUUCGCUCUACAUAUAACACCCUUUCACCGCAGCACUUUAUAUGACUUGUCGUGGUCCCGGCGCGGCGCGACUAAGGAUGUGCAACACUUUACGACCAGUGGAUUUUGCUCGGAUGUCUACGACACUCGCGAAAUGGACACGAAAAUGUUAGUCGGGUUAAUAUGACGUUCGCGAUGAAGGGAAAGCGAUGAGCGAAAGAGAGAAAGCUUUGUAUCAUUGUCUACUUUUCCGUAUGCCUCAGAAACAAAAUUUCGUGUCCACGUUCUAAUCGUAAUAUUUUACACACCGCUUUGCUCCGUAGCGAAUGUGUAAUACUUUGAGCGAAUUACAAUAUAGAGAUUCCCGUUACAGAUAGACAGAGAUAAUUUUGACAAUUCGAAAUCUAAGUUUCAAAUUUUUAUCACCGGGUCCAAUAUCCUUGUUUGUAAAUUUACAUAAUUACAAAUAUGUGAUAAUAGAACAGUGGCGGCCUCUGUGUGGUGACAUCUUAAAACAGAGUUCGGUGUGAAUAGCUCCAUAUAGUUCUUCCAGCCAACAAAACAACCCCAUAACAUAGCUUUAAUAUUUACUGCGGAGCUUCCUCGAAAGAUGGCGACACUUUGUUAACAGUCCUUUUUAUAAUCUGUUUCUUCAACUCACUUGAUAUCAAAAGGUAUUAUUUUGAUAUUAAAUUAUGUACUAGGUAUGUAUCUCUCAAAAUCAAAGGAUGUGUUAGGUCGAUCGACCCGCACUACAUUGAGUCAAUAAGUCUUAAAGAAUUUAAAGAAAUUUUCUGUAAAUUGGAUGGUUUCAAAAAGUCGUGUAUGAAAUAAUAAUAUCUAAUGUUAUAUAAAAGAAUCGUGUUGCAUAAUGUUAACUAAGCUAGUCAGACAACCAAAUACUCCAAAUAUAGAGGUAAAUACUCCAAUUUAAGCGGGUCGUCGCUGUUUUAAUACAGCCACAAAAACUUUCGGGUUUAUUGUAUUCAUAAAUACAUCUGACUCUAAUAUAGAAUUAGUGAAGAUAAUUAGGUAUUUGUUAUAAAUUGAAGUGUUUACAUAGAUCUGACCAAUGCAAGAAGAUUACUAAUAUUUUUACUAUACUCUGACUUUAAAAUAAGUGUUAAGGUAGGGAAAGCGACGACCCGUUCUGUGUUGAUCAUAAACAAUUGUAGUCGUUUAUAAAGAAUAGCGGCAACAUGGCCGCGCCCGUUGUGUAUCGUUGUUAAUCUAUGUUUUAUAUGUUGUGACAUACAAUAAAUGUAGACAAGA